AAUAAACAAAAACCCAAAAUAAUUAAAUGUGGACUCUUAAACAUUAGAUCCUUAUCAUCUAAAGCUUUAUUAGUAAAUGAGUUAAUAUCAGAUUGCAAUAUUGACUUACUUUGUCUAACUGAAACCUGGCUGCGUGAUGAAGAAUAUGUCAGCCUAAAUGAAUCUACUCCUCCUAGUCAUAUUAAUACUCAUAUCCCUCGUGGCACAGGCCGAGGAGGAGGAGUUGCAGCGAUAUAUGAGUCAAACCUUCUAAUUACCCCAAAACCUAAAUUAAACUAUAACUCAUUUGAAAGCCUUGUUCUCAGUCUUUCACACCCAACCUGGAAAAACCAACAGCCAAUCCUAUUUGUCAUAGUUUACCGGCCUCCUGGUCCAUAUUCAGAAGUUUUAUCACAAUUCUCUGAGUUUUUAUCAAGCCUAGUACUAAUUACAGAUAAGGUAAUUAUUGUAGGUGAUUUUAAUAUUCAUGUUGACGUUGAUAAUGAUAGCCUUAGUACUGCUUUUAUCUCCUUACUAGAAUCGAUUGGCUUUAAUCAGAAAGUUCAUGAAGCCACUCCCUCUUUUAACCACACCCUCGACCUUGUGUUGACGUAUGGGAUUGAAAUUGAACAUUUAAUAGUUUUCCCACAAAAUCCUGUGUUAUCAGACCAAUAUUUAAUAACUUUUGAAGUCCUGCUAUUGGACUACUCGCUAAUAAGCAAGAGUUUCUACACUAGAUGUCUAUCUGAUAGUGCUGUAGCUAAGUUCAAGGAAGUGAUUCCACCUGUCUUUAACUCUUUGUUGUGCUCCAACAUAAUAGAGGACUAUGUUAACUUCAGUCCCUCCCUAAUUGAUAACUUUGUUGACAGUACUGCAGAUUCACUGCGAACAACGCUAGAUUUUAUUGCCCCACUAAAAAAAAAUAAAAAAAACAGAAAAAGUUAACUUCAUGGUACAAUUCUCAAACCUGUGAUCUGAAGCAAAUUUCACGAAAGCUCGAAAGGAAAUGGCGUUCAACUAAGCUGGAUGAAUUUCUUUUAACCUGGCAGGACAGUCUUAAAACAUAUAAGAAAAUCCUCCGUAAAGCCAGAUCAGCCUAUUAUUCGUCAUUAAUUGAGAAAAAUAAGAACAACCCAAGAUUUCUUUUCAGCACUGUAGCCAGGCUGACAGAGAGUCACAGCUCUAUUGAACCAUGUAUUCCUAUUGCCCUCACUAGUAAUGAUUUUAUGAGCUUUUUCAAUGAGAAAAUUAUAACUAUUAGAAAUAAAAUUCACUACCUCCUGCCAUUAACUGGUACUGAGGCAUCCUUAAACCCUGGAGCCUUAGAAACGGGUACAAACCCUGAUAAAUAUUUAGAUUGCUUCGCUCCCAU